AUGGCCGACAGGGGAGUGACGAUUCGCGAGCUGGCCGAAGCCGCGGGCGUGUCCAUCGGGACGGUCUCGCGCGCGCUCAAGGGCCAGCCCGGGUUGUCGGAGCAGACCCGCGCGCAGGUGCUCAGCGUCGCUCAGCAACUCGGCUACGACACCGCCAAGCUGCGCACCGGCAAGCCGCGCCGCAUGUUGUUCCUGUACAGCCGCAGCAUCGGCUCGCUGGCCAACAACCCCUUCUAUUCCUAUGUGCUGCACGGCGCCGAGACGGCCUGCCGGGACCCGGGCGUGCCGUUGAGCAUCAUGUCGGUGCUGGGCGGCGAGGACAUCGCCGGGCAAAUCCGCCGCCACGAGGCCGACGCGCUGCUGGUGGCCGGCUACAUCGACCCUGAGGCCAUGGAUGCGGUGCGCCAGUGCGAGCUGCCGCUGGUGCUGGUGGACCACUUCUACCCCGGCGUGCGCUGCGUGAACGACGACAACCUGCUCGGCGGCCUGGCUGGCCACGCGGCACCUGCUGGAGGGCAACUCCAAGCGCAUCGCCGCCAUCUUCGGGCCGCUGGCGCACUACUCCACGUCGCUGCGCGGCCAAGGGCUUCCGGCUACCGCGAGGCGGGCCGCGAUGCGAUGCGCCGCCUGCUGGCGCUGCCUGCGCCGCCGGAUGCCGUCUUCGCCUACAACGACUCCACGGCCAUGACGGCCAUCGAGUACUGCCAGGAGCAGCGGCCUGCGCGUGCCGGAGGACAUCCGCUUCGUCGGCUAUGA